AUGCUCACUGAAAUCGAUUUUGGGGUAAAUCUGAAAUCGAUUUUGGGUUUAAUUGUAGGACCUGAAGGGACUAUACAUGUAAUUCGCUCAAUAUCCCAAAGAUUCGAAGCUGUCGUGGCACGGCUCACUCUAUACAUACGACGUCAUAACACAAAUUUCCCUUUUCCUUCCCCACUUUCUUGGUUCCUACUUGCGACCUUCGUCGGAGCUUCCUCCUCCGACUUCUUAAUCCGCCGUUGGCUCCCUCCUCCUCCGCUACUCUGGAAAUCACAUCAAAAUUCAUCCUUCAGCAACCAUCUAAUCACCCGGAUUUCAAUCAGUCCGGAGGAACAACCUAAAAAUAAACUCUCUAAACCCUAUAUCUCAUUCAACCGGACUGCUCGCUUGUUAAAAUUAUCAUCUUCAAAUACAUCGAGAAACAAUUGGAGAUUUUCAUGCUUUAAGAAUGACGAAUCAUCUUCAGAAUAUUCUGCCUCUGAGACUUCAGAAGAUAUGAUUCCAGGAGAAACGGUAGAACCAGAAACAAAACAACCAAAUGUGAAUCAUGAUUGGGUGCUAAACUUCAAAAAGGCUUCAGAUGCUGUAUUUACUGCAGAACCAUGGACAGUGCCAUGGACAGCUAAGACCAUUUUACAGGUGAUGCUCCUCUGGAUUGCUUCAUUUUGGUUAGUAGGAUCAUGGAUAAUACCAUUUAUAGCCCACACAGCAGGUUUCAGAAAAGAGUCUCUAACAUACAGAGGCCAAGCCUUAUACAGUCUUUUAACAGACAUAGUGGAGGGCAUUUCCGGAAUUGCAAUCCUCAAACUUUGUCUCUCUAAAUUCCACCCUCUUUCACCCGAUUGGUUCAGAUUUACCCUGAAAGGAAAAUGGCAAUUCGAUGUAGGUCUAGGCUGCCUCAUGUUCCCAUUGGUCAACCGUCUGUCACAAGUCAACCUCAAUCUACUCCCUUUAGCUCCCCCGACACCUGUCGCGAUCUCAAACGUCGAACAAUCAAUAGUGGCUCGUGAUCCGAUGGCUAUGGCGCUUUAUGCCAUAGUAGUUUCGGUUUGUGCCCCAAUAUGGGAAGAGAUUGUGUUUCGAGGGUUUCUUUUACCUUCAUUAACAAAGUACAUGCCUGUUUGGUGUGCAAUUUUAGUGAGUUCAUUAGCUUUUGCUUUGGCUCAUUUCAAUAUUCAGAGAAUACUCCCACUUGUGUUUUUAGGGGUUGUUAUGGGUACUGUUUAUACUCGUUCUAGAAACUUGUUACCCUCUAUGUUGUUACAUAGCCUUUGGAAUGCCUUUGUAUUUGUAGAUCUUAUGAGAUAGGUGCUUAUGCUCUUGCUAUUGCUAUUAUUCAUUUUCACCAUUUGUAUAAGCAUACCCCCUUUUGUUAUUAUUAUUAUUAAUCCAGUCUUUCACAUAGCUUAAUGACUUAAACACUUAAUCUCGAUAUCUAUGUACAUGGUUGUUUCUUUUUUAUUUAAUGUGGACCGAAUAACUUAAUGGGUUUAGCCAAUUAAUAUUGAUAAAUAUUGUGUGAUUUUUUUGGAAUGUAAGGAUAAAAUGGUGAGACCUUGUCCAGACAUAUAUAUCAUUAUGUAUUCAGCCAUUUUACUCAUGACA